AUGGAAUUACUAAAGUGCCAUCAGAAGUCUCUCACCGAUCACAUCAAUGAGAUUUUCAAAGAGUUAGCUGACCGGACAGAGAAAUAUGAGCUUGAUCUCGGGUUCAACGACCUACAAAUCAGGAAUCUUCAAUCGUCGCUUCGAAGUCAAAAAAAUGCGCGAACGAUUGCCGAAUCGGACCUACGCCACAAGCAGGAAGACCUUGAAAGGGAGAAUAAAGCCCUCAAAGAGGAGCGAGAGACUGAUGCAUUGCGGAUACAGAGAUUACAGUUUGAAAUUGACCAACUCAAGAGCACCGGAGAAACUACGAGUACAACUGGAGAUAAAGAGAAACCGGACGAUAAUAAGGACGAGGAGGCGGAGGAGCAAGAAGCUCUAGAGCAAAAGUUGCGAUUGUUGGCGCAGACGUACGAGCCAGAAAAGGUGGCUCAGGAUGCUCGCCAAAAAGGCUCUAGUGAUGAUGCUCUUAUGCACACAGAAACCAUUUACCGGAGGCUUUAUGACGAAACCGUGACUUUAGUAAGAGCCUCGAGGUCUCUGCGAAGUCAACUCAAACAUUACAAAGAAAGGGCUGCCCAAUGGCAACGUUGGUCGUCUGGCCAUCGCGUGUCCAAGCCAAGUCCUGGCUUGGCAAACUUGAAGAAAGUUCGACAGGAUGAUAAUACUACGCCAAAAGUCCGUUCAGACCAAGAACUGUCAUCUCAUAUAGACAGCCCAAGGGAGUUGAAAACUCCAUUGACUUCUGCCUUGUCACCAGUUCAAUUCUCAGGUGUUGCGCAAAAUGCUACCAAUGACAACUCUGAUGAUAUGGAUUCCACAGAACUCAACACCAUGUCAACAGCUUCCACUUCUUCAUUGCAGGAAGAAGGUGAUUGCCUUCCAAAAGUCAACGGCGGUGACCAGUCUACUAUUCGGAUCAAGGAUGAGCCGCUUUCACCCGGAUCUCCACAACUCGGGUCACCUUCUGGUGAAGGAAUGAUGCAACCUUCCGGCUCUCAGGAUCUUGAUGAGGUUGGGGAUGUAGUGACGACGCCCAGGAGUCGGAAAUUUGCUGUGUUUGAGGAUGAGAUUUCCGGAUCACGUCCGGACGAGCAGAUCCACACAGGAAACAAACAUCAAGGGCGCCGCGUUUUUCAACCCAAGGACACCAACCGGUGGUCAAAGCCUCGAGAGCCUUCUUCGAAACGAAGAAGGACCGGUGACAGUGGAGCGUCGGCGAUUUCGAGCGUGAGCGAAGAUGGAGACGUGGACUAUACGCGCUUUGCAGGAAGAAAAACCCGACAGGAAAUCGAGACACCUUGCAAGGGAUCGACUCGGAACCCCGAGGCACAUCAACGCCUUGACGAUCUUUUGGCGGCCCGCCCACAGAAGCAUAGUCCCGCUCUUGACCUGUCCCUUGUACGUACUCCAGGACUUUCAACGACACCAUCGGCUCGAACUAGGACUAAGAGGAGCAUUGAGGAUUGGAUGAGGCCUAAAAGCAAGCGAUCCGCUAUGAAAAGGACGCACCUUCACGGAUCCAACACGGAGAAUGAAGAAGAGUGGAAUGCACUCAUGAAAUCAGUCCCUUACAGAGAGCGACCAGUCGACUGUCUUGAUCUCAGCUGCUUCAAACCCAACCCGGCCACGAAUCAGGGUCUAGACUACGCCUACAAUGAGGUAGUCCGCAACCACGAGCAGCGCAAAUGCCUGCCUGGGUGUAUGCGCGCCGACUGUUGCGGCGAGAAAUUUCGCGCCAUGGUGCGCGCAGGAGGAGUCCAAUAUGACGAGGAACAGCACCGCGCUCUGCUUGAAGACUUUCUUGGGGAUCAGAAACGUACCCUCGACACAAUGUCGGACACUAGCCGGGAUGCUCUUCUUGUUGAAGCCAAGGCGAGGCAGUUGGCUAACCAGUUUGGCAAGCAUCGACAUGCCUAUGAGCGGCCUCGCUCUCCCCCCGGGUUCUGGCGCACAGAGAUGCCAUCGACGCAAGAGCUGGCCAAGGAUCACAUCGAAGCAGAUCGAACGGAGCGAGAGAAGGUGGUGGACAGAGUGCGAGAAGCGCGGCGACCUGACGGGGUGUGGCGAUUUGCCGAUGAGGUUGAUUGA